AGUCCCCAGCCCCAAGCUGAGUUUACAUGAGCAACACUCACAAACCAAAGCGAGAUACCGAGGAAAAAGAAUGGCGUGGAAAGCACUCCCAGCUCUGGUUCUCCUGGCCCUCGUCUGCGGCGAGCUUGUGAUCGGCGGCCAUGCCCAGACGACGUACAUCGGCCUCCCUAGGGGAGGAAUGCUGCCGCCACCCUACGGCAGGGGAGGAAUGCAACCACCGCCGUCGCCAUCAGAGUACACUGCUCCCGUCUCCGCGUCUGUGAAUGAUGGACCUGGACGGCUUCCAAGUGUGAAAGAAGACAAGGAGUACAUGAUCCACCGCGUGCCGGUGCACGACCGCGCGCGCCCGGUUCCCGUUCCGCCCACCGCCAAUUAGUGCGGCCGAGCUGGACCAACCCAGGACUAGAUAAAGGGAGCCAUGAAUCCCUAGUAGCAAGAACAAAUAAAUUGGGCGAAGUUCAUACUACUGCUUGCAGGAUAGUAGUCACCCUGUUUCUGUCGAUGGCAUAGAUGGAGAAGGCCGGAAAUGAUAUGAUAAAUGUAGCACCUGUUGGAAUCUUAAAGUGCUAUCAAGGAACAUAAGUUCACCCCA